CUCUGCAGUGAAUCUCUCCCCCGCUGUCAGAAGCCGUAAAGUCAUCCAGCCGGCGGUGAUCUCUCCGUUAGAAGUCAUAAAAACCUUCCGCCACCGGAGCUGCUCUUCUCCCUCCGCGCCGCUUCACACCCUCCUCCUGCAAAAUGGGAAAUGAAGCCAGCUAUGCCCUGGACAUGUGCUCGCACUUUGAUGCUGAUGAGAUUAAGAGGCUAGGAAAGAGAUUUAAGAAACUCGACCUAGAUAACUCCGGCUCCCUGAGUGUGGAGGAGUUUAUGUCCUUACCUGAGCUCCAACAGAAUCCCCUCGUGCAGCGAGUUAUCGACAUAUUCGACACCGACGGAAACGGGGAAGUCGACUUUAAAGAGUUCAUCGAAGGCGUCUCCCAGUUCAGCGUCAAAGGAGACAAGGAGCAGAAGUUGCGUUUUGCCUUCAGGAUCUACGACAUGGACAAAGACGGCUACAUAUCCAACGGGGAGCUCUUCCAGGUCCUCAAGAUGAUGGUGGGAAACAACCUGAAGGACACCCAACUCCAACAGAUUGUCGACAAAACCAUCAUCAACGCAGACAAAGACGGUGAUGGCAGGAUAUCCUUUGAGGAGUUCUGUGCGGUCGUUGGUGGAUUAGACAUUCACAAAAAGAUGGUGGUGGACGUCUGACAACUUUGCUUUUUUCUUCCUCCAUUUACUGAAGAUCUGCUUGAAGACAUCGUCCAACAAAAUGCUCAACGAAAGUAUUUUCUCUGUGAAAAAUCCCCUCCUCACCCACUAUCUAUAUCCCUUCCUCCCUCCCUC